GUGGCGGUACGACGACGCCACGAGGGAUACGGCAGAAGAGAGGGAACUCGUACGUACGGACGGACGCACGCACGGCCAACCGACCGGUAGAGAGACAGAGAGAGAGGGAGUGAGGGAGGUUGAGAGAGAGAGAGAGAGUAAGCGAGCGAGUGGAGCGGGAGGAAAGGACGGGCUGUGGCGCGCUUCGAACGUCGGCACAACAGGUAGUCGAAAGAGCGUGCCGCUGCCGCUCCGCUACUACCCACUCGUGCCACCGACAGAUGACAGGAGCGCGAGAUGGAGCCCACCGGAGGGAGGAGAGGGGACGGGACUGUCAAGGGGAAAGACCCAACCAACGGGGUUUCGCUUGCCUUCGCACAACCGGCCGAGCUGCAGCAGCUUCGACCUACGACGGACGUCGACGACGUUGCGCUUCUCUUCCUCUAUCUCGCUUCUUCUUUUUUUCUCCUCUCUAUUUAUGCGGCAUCUCUUUCUAAUAUUUAUAUUCCUCCUCGGACUUACGCUCUACGCGAGUAUCUUAGCAACGACGCGACGAGAGCGUCGAUCCUUCGACUAUGCUUGCUCUAUCUCUUUCUCUCUUUCGUAUUUCACCUUCCAUAUUCUAUUUUCUCUUUUCAAUAACUAUUCGUUUAUUUCACUGAAUUCUUUCGAUUAUUUACAAUCUUGUUUUCAAACGGACGAAAUCCUUUUCGACUUUGACCUCGGAAUAUUUAUAAUAUCACGUGUCAUUGAGCGUCGGCAUCGAACGCGCCGCGCAUAAGAUCCUUUAGCAAACAAUUACAUAACCUCACUUUUAAGUACCUCUAGCGCGUCAACUCACCCAGCAACGACACUAUGACGGCGGCAACCUCAAACUGACACGCUUCCUCUGUCAGAAGUUCGAGGACGUUCACGCGACCGCCUUCGAAGGACCGAACAGACACGUAGCCCGAACGACACUUUGGAUUCGGCUCCUCGUGAGCGCGCGAUGCCAUUAACAGAACUGCGCGUGGGUACGGAAGCAUAUAUCGUUCAAACGACGAACCAUAAUUUCUUGCUGGUUAAGAGCGCCAACUUGCGGCGACUGCUUGAAACGGAGAGUCUUCUUCGAUUUGACGCCAUCUAUGAAACCGCGCAUAUUUUCGAAGUAUCUUUACCGAGCGAUUCUAUUUAUUUUUCUCCUUAUUGAUUUUAUCGACGUAAGACGUGACAGACUGGUUUUGAUAUCGAACGAAGAUAUAAUAGCGAUUUACGUUAGCAUUAAAAAAAAAAAUCUACGACGGCUCUACACACGUGUACUUUCUUUUACGUUGUUGUUGGUUAAUUUACUCGAUUAUUACUGUGAUAAACGUUUUAAAAAGUCUUUUUAUAUCGUAUAGAAACUUGUAAUAAAUUGUGAAAAGAUACCUGUGAUUCUUGAUACACUUGUAAUGUAAACGAUCAAACAAAAGACAAUAAUAAUGGCACUUGACAGUCCUAAAAGUAAAUCUAGAAUCCCUUAUAUACCGGGUACGAAACCUUCUAUUAAAAACGCACAACUUCUUGUAUCUACUGGAAUACCUUCUUUGGAUCACAUUUUAGGUGGCGGUUUACCUAUUGGAUCAAUAUUCUUAAUUGAGGAAGAUACUUAUGGAACUUAUGCUAGGGUGAUGCAAAAAUAUUUUAUAGCAGAAGGAAUAGUUUCCAAUCAUCCUUUAUUAAUAGCUUCUCUAGAUACGGAACUUACUACUUUGCUUUCGGAAAUACCAGCUCCUAUAACGGACUCGUCAUCCGAACCUGAUGUACAAUCUAUGGAUGAAAGAAUGAAGAUUGCAUGGAGAUAUCAGAAUUUAAGAACAAUAGAUUCGUCACCAACGGGAGGACGUGUUUUUGGACAUUUCUAUGAUCUUACAAAAUCAAUGGAUAAGAAAGUUAUUGAUAAUGCAAACAUAACGCAAUGGCAGGAGCCGAUAAAGAAUAUAAAAAAUCAUGCUUUUGAAAAUCCUGCUUAUGAAGAUUUAUUGAAAACUGUUUCAAAAACUUUAAAGAGUGGAAAAUAUUUCACUUUCGACGAACCAGAUAAAAGAAAUGUAUUGAGAAUUUCUAUUGGUUCUUUGGGUUCUCGAAUGUGGUUUUGUGAUUCCGAAGAGAGUACACAUGCGGACAUAUUUAGAUUUCUAUAUUGCUUUAGAGCUCUAUUAAGAAAUUCUUAUGCCGUUGCGACGAUAAGCAUUCCGAUUUUGAAUUUUGACAAUAAUGACAAUUUCGUGGAACGACUUGAACACUUAUCGGACAUUGCUGUCAAAUUAGAAUCUUUUGCUGGUUCUGCAAAAGAAACAAAUCCUCUUUUCAAAGAUUAUCAUGGUCUAUUACAUAUAAAAAAAUUACCGGCCUUAAAUAUAUUAGCUCCUCAUACUCCUGAAUCAAGAGAUCUUGCCUUUAAAUUACGACGUAAAAAAUUUAUAAUAGAGAUUCUUCAUCUACCACCCGAAUUAGGUGAUACUACUCAACGUGAACAAGACGAAACACCAACUACCAGCAGUUGUUCAGCCGGUGGAAAGAAAAGUCUUUUAGAUUUUUAACACUCUCUUAUUGUACAUUUCCAAAUUUAAUUUAUUUUUUACAUUUAUGAUGACCCAGUAAAAAUAUGGACUGUAAAUAAAAGAUUAUUUUUUAUAAUCGAA